AUGUCUGGUUUGCUUGCAUGUUGCGCUUUUGAAGCGGCGUCAUGCUGCCUGGGAAUCGGGUGUCGGUGCUGCUGUGCCCUUCUCCCCUUUGACAAAUCAACCAUUACGCGCGCCGUCUAUCUCAUCGAGUUUCUCAUCGUUGCCUUUCUGGCUUGGAUCGUCUCGCGAUGGGGCGAGCACUUGCUCUCGAGCUUCUCUGUACUCAAGAGCACACCGGUGGCUCUCUUUGGCAUUGCUGCUGCGUAUCGUCUUAUGUUUGCUCUGGCGGUUCUCCUUCAUGAUGGCCUGUGGUUUGGCAAGGUCAUUGUUCUCGUUGGCCUUGUCAUUGGCUUUUUCUACGUGCCCAACUCUUCUCUGGCCACCAUUGCGUGGAUGGCGCUCAUCGGCUCAGCCAUCUUCAUUCUUCUCCAGCUCGUCCUCCUCGUCAACUUUGCCCACACCUGGAACGAGUCGUGGCUGGCCAAGUGGCGCGAUGCGCCUGAUGAGAGCAACGGCUGGUACUACGCCCUGCUGACUGUGACAGGUGUGGCAUAUCUCUUUGCGCUUGUCCUCGCCAUUGUGCUCCUCGCAGAGUUCUCCGGAUGUGCUACCAACGUGGUCUUUGUGGUCCUCAACGGGCUCAUGGGCAUGGCUGUCUCGGCGCUGUCGGUCUCGGCUGCGGUGCAGGAGGCCAAUCCGGCGUCGGGCCUGCUGCAGAGCUCGAUUGUGGUGGCAUACUCGACAUAUCUGGUCUUCUCGGCCAUCCUCUCGUUCCCGCCGUCCUCAGGCUGCUCCGAAGUCUCGCUCUCGCACUUUACGACCGAUGCGUCGUCGGAUGCACAAGACACGUCGUUUGUCUUUGGCGUCGCCUUUACCCUGCUCUCAGUCGUCUACUCGGCGCUGCGGACGUCGAGCCAGUCGGACGAUAUCAUCAGCUCCGGUACCACCAGCCAACACCUCAUCAACGACGAUGCCGAGCGCGGGCAGGGCGAGGGUAGCCUGCCCGAGUUUGACGACGAGCUGGACGGUGUCAAGUACAACUACUCGUUCUUCCAUUUUGUCUUUGCCUGCGCCUCGCUCUACGUCGCCAUGCUCGUCUCCAACUGGGCGAUCAUCUCGGGUGACUCGAGCGACGUGCGGGUCAACACCGGAUCGGCCGCCGCCUGGGUCAAAAUCGUCUCGUCGUGGCUGGCGCUCAUCCUUUACGGCUGGUCGCUCAUGGCUCCUGUCUGCUUCCCGGAUCGGGACUUUUCCUAACACGUGCGUAUGUCACGGGUUGGCGCGCAAGAAUGCGCCCGAACGUACCGCUAAGAGUUCUCAGAACAUGGCGGCCUCCAUCCGCCCCGAUGAACUCGACGACGAGCUCGACGAUGAUGAGAGUGAGAGGGAAGAGAGGCCAAGUGAGUUGUCGACCUUGGCUUGCGACUGCCGCAGUUUGGCCUUGGCCCCCGACGAUUUGGUCCUGGACUUGGCCUUGGCCCGCGACGAGCUGGACCUGGACUUGGCCUUGGACCUACCCUUCGACUUGGCCUUGGCCUUGGCUUUGGCCCGCGAUGACCGUGUAGAGCGAGAGGAGCGCGAGCGAUUGGUGUGUGUGCUGGUCUGCUUGGCAGCGGCCUGGAGCUCGUCGAUGGUGUUCUGGGCGAUGAGCAAGUCACAGUAGUGCUGCUCGAUGACCGAGUUGCGGUCCGCGAGCUUGGCCUCGAGCUCUGUGACACGCUCCUUAGCGGCGUACCACUUUGCGACGACAUCGUUAAACUCGUUGGCGCCAGCGACAA